AUGCCCGACAAGCCAUUGACAAUAGCGACCUACGCCGCGGGGGCCUCCCUCGCAGCCAUAACCCUCGUCUACGUCUUCGGCCCGACCUUCUUCCUCGACGACUCGAGCUCCUCGCGCAAGAAAUCCAGCGUCGUCGGCCUCUCGAACCCCGCAAACGACUGCUUCAUCAACGCCGUGCUCCAGGCGCUCGCGGGCCUGCCCGACCUGCGCAAGUACCUCAUCCGGGAAGUCCAUCGGAGACAGUUGGGCGGGGAGGAGGUGUACAGCAUCACGGAGCAAGAGGCGCAGGACGCGCGGGAUGGGGGGAAGGCGUGGUUGCUGGAGGGGUUGCGGCAGGGGAUUGUUACGCAGGCGCUGAAGGAGGUGCUGGAUCGGCUGAACGAGAGGCCGAUAUAUAGGAAAACGAUCUCGGCGCAGGCGUUUGUGAGUACGCUGGAACAGGCGUUUAGGACGAGGAUCUCGAGACAGCAGCAGGAUGCGCAGGAGUUUUUGCAGAUCGUGACGGAGAGGCUUGAGGAGGAGUAUCUAGCUGGAAGGAGGGCGAGGAGGAAAGCUAGGAGAUUGGUGGUGGGAAGAUCGGAGGGUGAGAGCGCGGCGGUGGACAGAACGGAUAGUCCGCAAGGCGGUGAUGUGGACCGGUCUGAGCAAGACGAGGAGGUCGAAGCAGCCGACGCAGACGAGCAAGAUGAGAAUAGCCAGGACGGGGACGAAGAGGAGGACGCCUUCCCCUUCGAAGGAAAGAUCCAAUCUCAGAUCGAGUGUGUGACAUGUCACUUCAAGCCCAAACCAACAGUCUCAACCUUCGUCACCUUGACGUUAAACAUCCCUCAACAAUCCUCAACAUCACUGAAUAGCUGCUUCGAUGGCAUGCUCAAAGUCGAACACAUUGACGACUUCAAAUGCGAGUACUGCCGCCUCGCGCACGUCCUAUCCGUCAAGCAGCGGGAGCUCGCAAGCGCCACCACCGCGCGGAGCAGAGAAGCUCUCGCAGCCGAUAUCACAAAAAUACAGAAAGCCAUGGCCGAGAAUCCAGAGAAGCCGCCAAAAGAUGUCUCGCUCCCAGACAGCAAGCUGGCGCCCAAACGGCGCAUAGCCCGCCACAUGCGCAUCUCAUCCUUCCCCAAAGUCCUCGGCAUCCACCUCUCCAGAUCCAUCUACUCCGCCUCCAGCCUCUCCACCAAGAACACGGCCAAGGUUGCCUUCCCCGAGAGCUUGCCCCUGGGCGGCAUCCUCAACCAGAAGAAGUACCGCCUCCUCGGCGUCGUGACGCACAAAGGCGGCCACGACAGCGGGCACUACGAGUCCUUCCGGCGGCAGGUAACACCAGUGCCGUACUCAACCCCGCACUCGUUCGGCACCGAGGGCGCCUACAGCGCCAUGGGCACGCCUAACCCGUCAGCCGUCCCAAGCCCGCGGAUACCAGCCAAAGAUUCCCAGGAGCGGCCGCGGGAGCACGGCUCCAUGGCUCCGCCGUCUGUGGUUCCGGAUCCGUCGUUACUGAGCCCAUCGCCGUCCUCGUCAUCGCAAUCCUCGCGUUCGUCAGGGAGUCGAGCGGCACCGACAUCCCAUCCGCGGGACGAGAGGGGCCUGAAGCCGCCGCGGCCGUCGGAGUCGUCGCAGCCGAGACCGUCGACUGCGUCGGCUUCGAUGGCGGAUAUGGCGCGGUUCAGGAGGAAGGCGAAGAAGAAGAAGGAUGGUCGGUGGUGGCGCAUCAGUGAUGAUAAGAUUAGGGAGUGUAGGACGGCGGAGGUGCUGGGCAUGCAGAAGGAGGUGUAUUUGCUGUUCUAUGAGCUUGAUAGAGGAAGUGGGGAGUAG